AAAAUGCAUUUAUUACAAAAACGUAACACUGUUGCUGUUAGUCCUAUACAGUUAAUUGUACACAUUAGAAGGGUCAUCCAUAAUGGGAGCUACAAAGUUAUGCAUUUAUACUGCAUUUAUAUUUGCUGUUGUCAAUGAAGUUUCGCCGUAUGAAUAUAACAACAAUGAUUCUGCUAACAGAAUAAGGAGACAAAUUCCAUUUGCCGACAUGAAUCCCUUCUAUUUAAGUUUUGAAUCAGACCCAUAUACGUCAGGUGUCCAUAACUUUGGUUUAAUGGUACCUCCACCAAUAAACUACGAAGUUCCAGGUGCUGAGAAAGCAUAUAGGUGCUCCUUAAUAAAAUGCGACCCUGGAACCCAAACAGGAGCAGUUUGCGCCUGCAAUUUUAAUACUGGCAAAGUUGUCUCCUUUAAGAAUCAGUGUGAUGUAAUUAAACACAACUGUAGAUUUGAUACAGAAUUUAGGGUCAUUUUACAUGAGAUUUGCCCAUGGGAGUUUCAGUCAAGAAGAGACAACAAGCCGAUGAAUUUUGAUUACACCAACUCGAAAUACUAUAAUUGAAUAAAAUGUUAAAUUUGCAGU